AUGGAUCGCGCUUGCAGCCCUGAGGAGCAUAGCGACUGCCUAACGUCACUGCGGCUGCACGACGGGAGUGUUUCGGGCGACAAGGGCUACUGCGCGGCGCAGUGCAUCCCGGCUGCCGAGGAAACGGGCCUUCCAUUCGCCGACAUCGAACGGAUCAGGCACGCCGCUACUAACAGCGCCCAACUUGAGCGAUAUGGCAUGAUCGGCGUCUUGGACAUAUGCUCGGCGUGGUGCGGCUAUCUGCAUCGUGAGCCUGCCGGCGAGCAGAGCCUCUAG